CAGAUCAGUAGCUGUGGGAGAAACCAUUUUCACUUACUGACACAGGUUGGAACUGAGGUGUGGAUCCUCCCUGAUUGCUUGAGCAUGAGCAGAGUUAGGAGCGAAAGCUUCACUUUCUUCUCCAGUGAAGAGAGACCACACGCUAGACACAAGAUCUUCCUACUCCUCCCCUCUUCCUGGGCUCUUGUCCAGAGAAUGACUGGCUCCAGAGGACCCAGGAACACAGACUGAGGACAGUGUACAGCAGCUCCAGCUCUUUUUUUGCCAGCCUGCUGGGACAGCCUUUGCAAAUUAGCAGCUUCAACACCUUUUUGGAAUUCAAGGCACAUUUUUUUUAAAUAUGUUUUUUUUCUUCAGAUGAGAUACGGAGAUUCCAAGCUUUAUGUUUUGACAGUCAAACAAACAAACAGACGGACUGACAUAUGGACAGAAAGCAGUGAGCACUGCGGCGUGAAUGCAGCAACUGGACUUCUCUUCUCCCUGGUUGCUAAGACCAAACAAGGAUAAUAGCCAAAGCAUAUCCUUUCCACCAAGGUAGUGGGUGGAUGCAGCUUUCAGCAGACUGCUAUAGGAGGAGAGCAGUGACUGAAAAGAGACUGCAGGGAUACAUUUAGCUGAUCCAUACUGAAGGGAUCCUCAUGAAAUGGAUUGUUACUUUAGUGUAAACUCAUGCAGGAAAUUCAAGCCCAUCUACUCGUAAACAUUAUUUGAAGGGUCGUGCUGCGCAAAACCCUGUGCUGCUAAUACUGAGUGGACUUGCUUUUUUUUUUUCUUUUUCUUUUACCAGAUCAGUAUAGAAUUUAGAAAUGAUGGCAGGAUACAUAAGGACUCAGACUUUGCCCCUGAUGCUGCUGUUUCCUAUUUUGCUUGGCAUGACGCACACAGCACACAGCAUCUACCCAAGAAUAAGACUCUCCCACAAAGAGCUUUGGCAGAUGAACAGGACCUGGGUAUUUCAGGGACACACUGGACCUCUGCAGCCUCAGACUAUGCAGCUGGACGAGAGCCACCAAAGGCUUUAUGUUGGAGCCAAGAAUGCAUUGUUUUCCCUUAGCCUGGACAGGGUUAACUCUCACCACAGACAGGUCAGUUGGGCCAGUACGGAAUCAGAGACGGAGGAGUGUUUAAUGAAGGGAAGGGAUAAGCAUGAAUGUGCAAACUACAUCAAAGUCCUGCAGAAGUACAACCAGACCCAUCUGAUGGCUUGCGGAACCGGAGCCUUCAACCCCAUCUGUGCACUGGUCCAAGUGGGACAUACAGGGCAGGACAAGCUUUUCAUGCUCGAAGAGGACAGCAUAAUGAGCGGCAGGGGGCGUAGUCCCUACGACCCGAUGAGCUCCUGCACAUCUACACUGUCUGGAGGAGAGCUUUAUAUUGGCCUGUACACAGACUACUGGGAGAAUGAUGGAGCUUUGUGUCGACUCAACAACCAUACAUACACGCGCACUGAGAGGAACGACAGGGAACAGCUCAAUGCCCCCAAGUUUGUGGGUUCAGCACUUAUUCCCGACAACGAUGACAGAGACGAUGAUAAAGUUUACUUCUUCUUCACUGAGCGAGAGGUGGAUGCCGAGGGGGUGAACAGAGCCGUCUACACUCGCAUCGGUCGAGUUUGUGCGAAUGAUCAAGGCGGACAGAGAAUGCUGGUGAACAGAUGGAGCUCCUUCCAGAAAACUCGCCUCAUCUGCUCUGUGGCAGGACCCAAUGGCAUUGACACCCACUUUGAUGAACUUGAGGACGUGUUUCUACUCAACAGUAAAGAUGAAAAAAACCCUGAAAUCUUUGGCCUCUUUAGCACAACAAGUGCUGUGUUUAAAGGUUAUGCAGUGUGUGUCUAUCACAUGGAUGACAUCAGAGCAGCCUUUAAUGGGCCAUUUGCGUACCGGGAGAAACCUGAGCACCGCUGGACACCUUUUGAAGGCAGAGUCCCCUUCCCCCGGCCUGGCUCUUGCGCCAGUAAAGUGAGCGGCGGUGGCUUCUCCAGCUCCAAGGAGUUUCCCGAUGAGGUGUUACGCUUUGUGCGUUCUCAUCCGGUCAUGUACCGUCCGGUUCUCCCCCAGCAUCACCGACCUGUCCUGCUGCAGACAGAGCCAGGCGGGAGGAAGCUGACCCAGAUUGCAGUAGACAGAGUCCAGGCCCAGGAUGGACACUACCAUGUUCUGUACAUCGGCACUGAUGACUCUGUGAUCUUAAAAGUAAUCACCAUCUACAACAAAGACACCGACACAAUGGAGGAGGUGCUGCUGGAAGAACUGCAAGUAUUCAAGGUACCAGCACCAAUUGGAGAGAUCAUAAUCUCCCCUAAAAGGCAACAGCUGUAUGUGGGGUCAAAAGUGGGCGUGGCCCAGGUUAGACUGCAUCAGUGUGACCUCUACGGCUCGGAAUGUGCUGACUGUUGUUUGGCCAGAGACCCAUACUGUGCCUGGGAUGGUCUCACCUGCUCCAGAUACUACCCAGCUGGAGCUUACACAAAGAGACGAUUUAGGCGGCAAGACGUUCGCCAUGGCAACGCCGUGCAGCUGUGUAAUGGGCUGCAAAUUGAUGACGAACAAUGGCAGAGAGGUGAGAGGAAAAUUGUGUACGGUGUGGAGAGCAACAGCACUUUACUGGAAUGCGUUCCUCGAUCACUGCAAGCCAAGGUUCACUGGUUUUUACAGCAAGCAGAAAGAAAGCAUGAGAUUCGAGGUGACGAACGGGUCAUCGUGACUUCCCACGGGCUUCUGUUCUUACGCGUGAGAGGCUCUGAUGCUGGUGUGUAUGUGUGUCAGACAGUGGAACACGGAUACGUGCACACAUUAUUACAGAUCAGCCUGCACGUGCUCGGAGGGGAGAGGGUGGAGUCUGCGAUCCGCACUGCUAAUGAUGGCGAGGGAAGCAAAACUGCAGCUGCAUGCCACACUGUGCUGGGCUCCCCACCCGGCCCCAGUAUUAGCCCCAAAUCUUCACAGCCGCCCUCAGUCCCUGUUCCCAACUCCAGGUUAUGGUACAAAGACUUCCUUCAGCUGAUUGGUUAUGGUGAUGCAGAAAAAGUGGAGGAAUACUGCGAGAGAGUGUGGUGCAAUGAUAAGAAACGCAAAAAACCCAAAAGGAAAUACAUUCCUGCUGUUGGUGAGAAAAGAGGCAAAAGGAAGGGAGAGGAUAACUCCCACAGAGCUCCCAGGCACACAUUGAACACCUGAAAAAGGACUUUUUGUAAUACUUGUAUGCAAACACAAUCCAGUGGUUGGACUCUUUGUUAACAGCAUGUAAAGGGUUUUUUAUUUUGCUUUUGACAAAAGUAGUUACAGACAAACCACAGUAGCACACUGCUUGCACGUUGUUGCUACAACUAUCUGUUUGUGUGGUUCCUGCUUAUUUUUAAAAGAUAACGUCUUGUCUAGUUGGUCUGGUAUAAGCUUAAUAUUUAGUGCAAACCCACACCGAGCUUUUAACAGCUCUGUCAGAGCCGAGCGGUGGCUCUGAUGGGGGCAGAUGGACAACAGAUUAAGAAAUGUUGCUGCUGAUCAGAGAGAUGCAUCAGCUCUUGUGGACAAACCCAGCUAAAUGCUGCUGUCAAUCAAAACGCACAGAGGCCACAUCUCUACUUUCCUGCUAACAGAUGGCAGAACUCUUCUUGUACAGUCAAUGAAAGAAAAAAAUGUUUACCUUCCUCUCUUUUUUCUUUUUUUGGUCGUACUGUAAGUUAUUUUCCAAGAUUUUUUACCGUAUGAAGCUGUUACAGUGUUAAAAACUGGAGACUAAAAUGUUUUUUGUACAGUAAAACGUGUUUUGAUAUUAUUAUUAUUAUUAUUAUAGCUGCAGGAAUAUCAGUUACAAUGAGCACAGUAAAUGGUUGCUGCAAUGGCACUACCAUUUAGAAAAGGUGUGUUUACUAACUAUGCUCUCAAAGUGGAUACUUACUAUUUAAGAAUGUGUAAAACCUGCUAGAGUGGAAAAUGGUCUUAUGCAUCAUAUUUAUCUUUAUGGACAAUAGUUACAAUUACAAUUGCUUCAAAUGUAUUGGCAGAGUUUUGUGUAUUGCAAUUUUUAUUUAAAAUAAAUUUCCAAAUGUUCACAUCUGGUUAUUG